UUUUCUUCCAUUGUCUCUUUCCUUUUUUUCUUUCUUUCUUUCUCUCUCUCUCUGUCUCUGUCUUCGUGCAUCUCACUUUUCUGCAAUAACCACAAAGCUCUUUCAUUUCUUCAUCCUUCUGAUUUUUCAAUUUUCAGUUAUUGGAUCUCCCUUGCUUCUUCUGAUCAUCUUCACUUUCAAUCCCUGGAGCUUCAGAACUCCUGCUCCUUCUUCUCCCUCGUCUCAGGUUACCAGAGGCGCAUUUCUGGUUUAUUGAUUGGCAAUGGGAGCUACACUGGGAAAGAGUGACUCGCCAAAAAAGGGUUGGAUGCCAGAAACCAAGCUAGAAGCUAAAAUGGUCGAAGCAAUGCAGCGGAGGGAGUCCCAUGGAAGUUCUGUGAAAUCAUUCAACACUAUAAUUUUGAAAUUCCCGAAGAUUGACGAGAGUCUUAGAAAAUGCAAAGCCAUAUUUGAGCAGUUUGACGAGGACUCUAAUGGGACAAUAGAUCAAGAGGAGUUGAAAAAGAGUUUCAGUAAGCUGGAAAUGUCUUUUACCGAGGAGGAGAUAAAUGAUCUUUUUGAAGCAUGUGAUAUUAACGAGGAUCUGGGAAUGAAGUUCAAUGAGUUUAUCGUGCUUCUUUGCCUUGUAUACCUUCUCAAGGAUGACCCAGCUGCUGUUCACGCUAAAUCACAAAUUGGGAUGCCACAUCUGGAGGCAACAUUCGAGACUUUGGUUGAUACAUUUGUAUUCUUAGACAAGAACAAGGAUGGCUAUGUCAGCAAAAAUGAGAUGGUCCAAGCUAUAAAUGAAACUACAACAGGGGAACGUUCUUCCGGACGAAUAGCCAUGAAAAGAUUUGAAGAAAUGGAUUGGGAUAAAAAUGGAAUGGUAAACUUCAAGGAGUUUCUUUUUGCUUUUACAAGUUGGGUUGGAAUUGAGGAUGAGGAAAAUGAAGAGGCCUAAAUCUUGUCAUCUAAAUAUCUGACUGCCUCUCAGCCCAAACAAGCAAAAGGGCUUUUCCAGUUUUCCCUUGCAAUAAAGGCCUAGUUGCUACAUGUUGAAUUUUGUUGAAACUACCAUUCGUGAACCUUCACAAUGUAAAUAGUAAGUGUAGAACUAGGUGAGUAUUGAAGAAAUAUUCAAAUUUACAUGUUAACUGUUACCAUAGUGAUUGUAUUGGUUGCUGCUGUUUUCUCUUUCUCGUGCAUAUAUUUCUCAUUUGGGCUUAGUAUUCUA